AUCAACAGAGUAAACAAACAGCAACAGCAUCAGCAACAGCAACAGCAACAGCAACAGCACCAGCAUCAACAACAGUAUCAGCAGCACCAGCAUCAUGUCGCUCUUCACACAAUCUACAUCGUUGAAUCCAACGAUCAAUCCAAGUGUCCAACAGCAACCAGUACAACAACCACAACAGCAACAACAAGUAUCAACCCCAGUAGCUAACAACUCUUGGUACACUCAGAAUCAAAAGAAGCGAACCAUUCCCAACCACUUGAUCCCCAAAAAGAAACCCGGAUUCCAAAUCACAGCCUCUACUACAUCCAAAAAGAAAUCCUCUAAAUCACCAACUACAUCCAGUGGAUUAUUGCUCGGAGAUAGUCACCAAUUCAAUAUGUUGUCCUUUGGAAAUCAACAACGAAAGACUAUAAGUUCAGGAAUAUUUGAUGAUGACGACACCACCAUCGACAAUAGUGAAGAAGGUAAUAGCUUGCUAGUAUACCAAGAUGAUUUACCUCCUAAUAAGUCCUUGUUUGAAUUGAAUGAAAAGGUCAAUAAGCCAAUUGACCAGAUCGAUUCGUUUAUAAAUAAAGACCCAAGAAAGUUUAGUAACUUGUUCAACAAGAAUGAAGAAGUCGAGCCUGUUCCAGUAGUUAAACCUGAAAAUCAAUUAUCCCACUCGGAAUCAGCUAUCUUGGUAUUUGGAUACCCGGAAUCCUUGUCUAACCAAGUCAUCCAAUUGUUUAAGCAAUUCGGAGACAUUUUAGAAGAUUUCCAAAUCAACAAGACCAAAUCAUUAUAUACCACUCAAGCAAACAACAAGGUGGUCCCAAUAUUCAGUGGUCCAAAUUGGGUCAAAAUCACAUACGAUAACCCAACUUCAGCAAUUGAAGCCUUGCAAGAAAAUGGUACUGUGUUUAACGGAGUAUUGUUGGGAGUCAUACCUUAUCAUAAAUCAGCAUUGGAGAAUUUACAAAAGAGAAGCUUGAUUGACAAGGAAAACAUUGGAGAAAUGAACUUGAACAUUCAAUUACCAGCUCAAGAAAGUGAAAGUAAGUCCAGUGAUGUAGCUCCACCUACCACUGAUCCAUACAAUGCCCGUCUUGACAUUAAAGAAGGCAAACAAUUCUUUGUUGCCCCAGAAGGAACAGAAUUAAAGAAACCAAACAAUAGCGAAAGGUUAUCCUGGAUAGGUACAAUUUCCAAAUAUGUGUUUGGAUUCCAUGAUUUAUAGGUCAUAAAUUACAUAUAUACAUAUAUAUUGAACUGUACAACUAUAGAUUAUC